UCCACGAAACCUUGCCUUGUGCGAACCUUGCACACAAAACAAUCGCUCCAAAUUUUGCGGCGAAAAUUGCAUUUCAACCGCAACGUCAAAAACGCGACGACGAACGGACGGACGACGACAAGUAAAAAGAAAAUUCGGUCGAAGUGCGAGUGACGAAAGCGAAACCGGGGCGUGAAAAUUGAUUUUUCUUCUGCUGCUUCCACGGUGUGUUGUCCGGGAAAGGAAAAUCCAUUCGGUGUGGAAACUCAGCGAUCUGGAAGUCGAACGAAAAGUGUCGGUUCCGCGACAAAGAGGCCCCCCAGUUAAAAUAGGCGAGCGCGGCUCCAUUCGGAGAAGGCUACUUUGGAUUUUAUAGAUUUUUCGCGUAACCUUUGGAAGGCACCGCAAGCAGAGCAGAGAAGACCCAGGCGGGCAGGGAGUAACGAACCGUGUGGGGAGCGUGUGAGGAAGUGCGUUUUGUGUUUGCCUGUGAGUGGAGUGUUUUAUCGAUCCAUUUGGGAUUUUUUCCUUGUGUAUUUUCUUCCCGAUCCCGAUUGAACGGGAAGUAGUCAAGUGUGUGUGUUUCUAUUGAGAAGAUUUGGGGACGAAAAUAACCCCCCGGUGGAAGUGGAAUUAGAGCCGAGCGGAUCGAGAAGCUCUGAGUUUAGGUCAUCGGUAAUAAUCCUGGCAGGGGCUGUCUAAAUACCAUCAUAUUCAUCGAGAGCGACUUGGAGAAAAACGUAGCAGAAGCAGCAAAAAUGUCGAAUAAACCAGCGCAAUUGCUUGUAAUCGAGCCUGCGAACGAGCUAAAAUUCGUAGGUCCAUUCUGCACAGCCGUCUCAUCCUAUAUGCGAUUAACGAACCCGACGGAACAUGUAAUCCUGUUCAAAAUCAAAACGACCGCUCCCAAAAAGUACUGCGUUCGUCCAAACUGCGGAACGCUGGAGCCGAGGACCACGAUCGAAAUUGCAAUUAUCCUUCAACCGUUCAUUUUCGAUGCGGCGGAAAAGAACAAACACAAGUUUAUGGUACAGUCGAUGAUAAUGCCCGAUAGCGAGGUCAGCAUUGAGCAGCUAUGGAAGGAUGUCAGUCCUGACGAUCUGAUGGAUUCCAAACUGCGGUGCGUGUUCGAAUUACCGGCCGAUACCAACCAAACGGCACUGGGCGGAGCAGCGAUUACGGCCACUAGUACCACCACCACUCAGUCUGCUAACGCUACGCCGAACAAGAAUGAAUCGGGAACUCAGGUGGUAGAUUCGCAACAUGUCAGCAGCGCUAGCAACGAAGAAGACAGUGAUGCGUUGAUCCUGGAAGUAAAGAAACUGCGGGAAUCUGAAUGUUCACUACGUCACGAAAAUCUUUUGUUGAAGGAGAAAGUUCUGCGAAUGCGACUAGACAUAGAAAAUAGCGCCGCUAAGGAACAACAACAGCAGUCAUCCGUUUCCAGUGGGCUGGGAUCCGGUGGUUCGCCAGCAUCCGUAUCAGCAGCGGCGGCAGCUCAAUAUCAGAAUCCCUACAGUCCACCCCAGCUGGCCAACCAGCAACAGUUGCCGAUUAUAUACGUCGCUGCUGCAAUCGCCAUGGCUAUAUUUGGGCUCAUCCUGGGUAAGUUUGUGCUUUGAACACUGAACGACUUCGGCAGUAGCGGUGGCAUUAGCUCUAACAACAGCGACGGCAAUGAUAAUAAGUUAAAUAACUGAGUUCAGUUUGUAGUAGCAUUAUAACAACAUAAGGAAAAACCAGAGCAAAACAAACUAUUUAAUGGCAUAUAAAUUGGGAAUUGGGUGGGAGGAGAACCAGAAAAAAUAAAGAAAAUAAACUCAUAUGAGGAAGAAAAAGCAUAUAGGGGUAAUAAAUUUAGCGCCGCAAUAAAGUACAGUGGAUUAGUUAGACAAAUGUGGGAAUAGUAGAGUUCAAUGACGGUUGUAACUUUUGAAAACAAUUUUUCCACUUGUCUUACUAAUCUUACUACACUUUAAACAUAUAAGAAAAAGAGACGUCAUUCACUUUACUACCAACAAUAACAAAAUGAAACAGACACAAAAGCACUAGCAGUAAAAAAUAAGUAAACCCUAAAUGGUUAAAAUAAAGAUUAUUAUACAAAAGUACAUGAAAAUCAAUGUCAAGUUGAACUAGUAUAACUCGAAGAGAAAAUCAAUUGCAAAAACAAACAGAAGCAAAAACAAAACUGUUUAACCAAGUACUAAAUCAAACAUCAUCUGCCAGUGGCAGGCCCAUGGAGGAAAACAGAUCACUAUGAAAACGUAUAUGUCCUGACAAAAGAAAAAAAUAAAAAAAAACUUCUUAAGGAAGUAUAUUACAGGAAGUGGCAGUAAUGAAUUAUCAGAUCUUCUCAUGUUGCUGAUUUCAACCACAAAACAAUUGAGUCAACUUUCAUUUGCAAAACAAUUGAAAACAAAUAAAAACCAACACUCUCAUAUAAACAAACACACGCAUACAAUGUUGCUCUCGCUUAGACGUAGAAUUAUGAAAACUAAACAAAGCAUGAGAUAAAAAAGGAGUUUUUAAAUUCAUCCCGCAGCGCACAGUGGGCAGGACUUUGUUUUCGUCGGACGAAAUUUGUAGUAAAUGGUAAUGUUCUUAAUAAACUCUAACUAGCUUCAUAACUUAAACUAGAACUUUCUGUUUACUGUUCUGUUUUACUGCAUUUUUUAUUAUCAUUAUGUCCAAAUAUGAGCUGCUAUUCCUGGAUUCUUUUAAACAAGUGAAGAAACUACUCGUCUAAGUAACGGUGUCUUUAAAAUCCACACAAUCUUGCAUUCCAGGGCACUGGAUAAUAAACUAGCUGACUGGAUCAAAAUCUUGUACAUGUUUUCGGUGUCCUUACGGGCUAUCGUAUAUAAAAAGUUUCGAGUAAUAUUUACGGGAUCUAUUCAAAACUUUUGGAACUACCAAAAAAAACCAUUAGGUUGAACCGAAAGGUAAAACAUGGGGAAUAUCCAGAGCACUAAAGUCUUUGUCCGAUGAAAACUGCGUUCUGCCCCCGUGCGGCAACGUGGGCGUAUCCUAGCGAUACGUCCACGUUGGCGAUUCCCCUCACCUUACAGGACAACGCGAGCGGAGUGUGGAGAUGAACCCAAGCAAAGAGUUUUUAAGAGCAUUAUUAGAGUCGAGAACCAUUUAUUACCAACUAAUUACCAUGCCACAAAACACGCUAUAAAAUGCAUUCGUUCGUUAUGCGCGGCGAGUACAACAGGACAUGCGAGAUAAUAGUGUCAUUCGUGUAUAGCCGUGAUUUGAAUAUUUUCAGAAAGCGAAAGCCCUUCUCUAUAGCGAAUAAGAUUUACCAACACACUACAAGUACAGGCGAACUGGCGCAAUGCUCGGAACAUUCAAUGCUGAAAACGCUACCGCCCUCUGAUAUGCUACAAAGGCAUGAGUAAACAUCGGAUGGCGAAAGUAUAAAAAGAACUAGUGUUUCGUCCGUUUGUUUGUGCUAGAACACUACCAACUGCUGCGAAUAGAAAUAGUAAAGACAACAACCAAUAGGAAAGACGAUUCAAAGGGGAUGGAGAACUAUAUAAUAGUGUUGUAUUUGUUACGUUUAAUAUUGGUUGACCGGCAUCGUUUUUUAUAAACUGUCUAAAAUGCAUAAUUUGAGCCUUCCUGUGCAGCAAAAUUCAGCCAGUCACUAAACGAGAGUCGAAUUUUCAGUUAAUAUGUUAGGGAACAGUUUCAAUUUUCUGUUUAAAGUUAAGCGAAUUGAUUGAUGAUUUUUCGAGAUAAGCGAUUCACUAGAAACGGGGUGGUGCGGUUCGCUGGAACCGAUGUCGUGUAUGUCGGAAGGAUAGGAAGAAAACAUAACAACCCAGAGUAGAACUUAGACAUUAGGAAAAGGCAUCAUCUAUUAUUAUUCAUAGCAUAGAAUUAGAAACCGAAGCGAAAAAUUUACUUCAAAAUUUAUUACAACAAAUUGGGAAGCAUUGAGGUUUCCUCGUCGGUGUUGUUGUCUGGCUGAUAAACAAUUCGUACCUUGCAAUGGGACGAGCAAAGCAACAAAAACGCUCUUCACUGCUACAGAAAUUAAGAACGAAAUUCACUAUACCUAAGAAAAUAGAGAAAGGAUUCAAUUUUUGAGAGUUGGAAACAGCAGAACCUACCAAAAUGUAAAAUGCUUUUCUGGAAAACAAAAAUAAGAAAAUUACAUUACUAAUCAACCUAAUCUAACAACAAUACCUACUUAGCGCUGUUGUAGAUUUCGUUUUUUAAAUUUCGGUCCGUUUUCGCAUCCGUGACCUACACAGCCUUUUUGUGAUUACUUGCAUUGAUAAUUAUUCCUGUUUUAUUUUUUGGUUUAUUGCAACCCCUGAGGAUCGUGGUUAUUUUGUUUUCUUUUUAUCAUAUAAUAAACUAUUAUUCCAAAAUUGA